GUAAACACUCACACCAGGCGCGGAGCUUUACGCCAUCAAUAGGGGCUUUGAGCAGCUGGUGAAGCCAUUCCUUUGUUUCCUCUGGGCCUCAAUGAUACAUUGUGGGACCUGUGGAUGGAACUUGGUGCUCUCACUGCUGACUUAAAUAAAUGCUCGACUAGAGUCACGACAACCUGACCCAGGACCUGUCUCACCUUCAUAGCUAGCUGAGGGCCUCUGAGCUGGCUUUAGGAGAGUACCAAUGUUUUUGCAUCCACAGAGGGAGGAAGGCAUCUCUCCUUGACCAGAAGAUCAGGUGAGGGAUAGAUGCUACCUGGAGUCUAAGUGGACAGUGUGAUGGAUCUGCGGGGUCGUCCUACGCUUCAUGAGUUGGAACAUCCGGAUUCGGUCGCAAGCCACUCCUUGACUGGCCUGGAUCGCCGUGACCUUCAGGACGUCAACGACGUCAUGGAGCUGGACGUGAGAUGCUGCCCCGAUUGCUGCGGCGGCACGCCCCCGGAAUCAAAAACCAACCCCUUUCCAGUGAUAUACACCUUUCUUCCAUUCAAGUCUUUGGACUGCAAUGUGUUCCUUGACAGUGUGCCGAUCCAGGUGCAGGUGACAGAGGUGGAGCGUUUUACAUCUACCAGGGCAUUAAAUCCCAACCUGUAUACCGUCGAGUUGAACCAUGGGAACUUCACGUGGAAAAUCAAACGACGCUUUAAGCAUUUCCAAGCACUUCAUCAGGAGCUUCUCAAGUUCAAGGCCCUCUUAAAGAUCCCACUGCCACAUCGAAUUCAUUCUGUCCAAAGGAGGUCGAUCAGAAGUCACCAGAGGUUUCAUGGAGGACACAUUCCCAGUCUGCCCCACAGACCUGAUGCUCUGGUCAAGGAAGAACAGCUAAUCAGCAGAAAAAUGCAGCUUGAAGACUAUCUCAAGAAUAUCUUAAAAAAGCCACUAUACAAGAAUCAUCCUGCAACACUUGAGUUCUUAGAAGUGAGUCAGAUAUCGUUUGUCCAGGACCUCGGGCCAAAAGGAAUUGAAGGUUUGAUCCUAAAGAAAUCUGGAGAAAACACGUUCCCAGUCUGUUACUGGUGCGGAUCCAACAGUGUGUGCUAUCGCUGGUCAAAAAGGUGGUUGGUGGUGAAAGACUCCUUUGUUCUCUACAUGAGGCCCAAGGACGGCCAAGUAGGGACAGUGAUUCUCUACGAUAAGGGCUUCCACGUCAAAAUCGGGACCCACGAGACCGGGGUCAGGCAUGGAGUGACAGUCGAAAACCUUUGCAGGGCACUUACCAUUAAGUGCUCCACGUACAGGCAGGCCCGCUGGUGGGGUCACUCCAUCGGCGAGUUUGCCCAAAGGCUCGGGCAAGACUUCCUUGGAGAAAAUCGCCAUGGGUCUUUUGCCCCAAUCAGAGAAAAUACGAAAGUACAAUGGUUUGUCAACGCAGCUGGGUACUUUGAUGCCAUAGCUGAUGCCCUGGAAGGUGCAAAGGAGGAAAUCUUCAUCACAGCCUGGUGGCUGAGUCCAGAGAUCUUUCUGAAGAGACCAGUGGUGGAUGGAAACACUUGGAGAUUAGACCACGUCUUAAAAAGGAAAGCCGAGCAAGGUGUAAAGAUCUGCGUCUUGCUCUACAAAGAGGUGGAAGUUGUCCUGGGCCUCAACAGCGAGUACACCAAGAGGACUCUGACAGGCCUUCACCCCAACAUCAUGGUGAUGCGGCACCCUGACCACGUCCCCUCUGCGGCGCUGCUCUGGGCUCACCAUGAGAAAUCGGUGGUGAUUGAUCAGUCUCUGGCCUUCCUGGGAGGCAUUGACCUGGCCUACGGGAGAUGGGACGACUCCCAGCACAGGCUGACCGACGUGGGCAGUGUGAGGAGAAGCCCUGUGCCCAGCCCUGCUCUGUCCCCCAGCCUCACCAGGUUUAUUCCUGCGGCGACAGAGGAGGACGAGGAGCUGAAGUUCAGCGAGGUGGCGCAGGAGGAACCGCCUGGAGGAGAGAGGGAGAUCACAGAUGGGGCAGGAGAGCCCAGCCCAGUGGUGGAGCAGGGAGAGGCCCACUCCGAGUUAGCGUACCCCACCGGACCCCAUCCUGUGGCAUCGGAGGACAGCAGUGCGUGCAGCUCUGAAGAUGCAGAGGCCAAGCACUGUAGCAGUAGGAACAGUCUGAGCUCCAGAACACUGCCAACUCGAGAGUGGUACAAUAAGGGUCUGUCACUGCGCUCCACUGACGCCUACUCACUGGGCUUGCACCAUUCCCUGACCCUUCCUCAUGACACCGGCUCCCUCAGGACUCAGAUAAGCAGUGUGGAGCUGUGUGGUGAGACCCGCUUCUGGCAUGGCAAAGAUUACUGCAACUUCAUCCUCAAAGACUGGGUCAAGCUCAACAAGCCGUUUGAUGACUUCAUUGAUAGGUAUAAGACUCCCAGAAUGCCCUGGCAUGACGUUGGCGUCGUGGUUCAGGGGACAGCCGCAAGAGACGUCGCCAGACAUUUUAUCCAGAGGUGGAACUUCACAAAGUUGGUGAAAAAGCGGUCGGGGGCAACAUGUUAUCCCUGCCUCGUGCCCAGGUCGCCAUCGGCGCCCAGCCUGCCGUCGGAGCCGCGGGGGGCACUCACACAGGCCGGCGUUCAGGUGUUGAGGUCUGUGUGUCAGUGGUCCAUAGGCACGAAGGUGCAUGAGGAGUCCAUUCAUCUGGCCUACGUCUCAGCCAUCCGGAACAGCAAACACUUCAUCUACAUAGAGAACCAGUUUUUCAUCAGCUGUGCUGGGAAGACCAUCCGCAACAACAUCGGGGACGCUCUGACCGAGAGGAUCCUUCGAGCAUACAGGGAGAGGACGAGGUUCCGCGUGUACGUGGUGAUGCCCCUGCUGCCUGGCUUUGAGGGCGACAUCUCCUCUGGAGGGGGCCAAGCCAUCAAGGCAAUCAUGUUCUUUAAUUACAGGACGAUGUGCAGAGGGGAGCACUCCAUCAUCGAGAGACUCAAACGUGUGAUGGGUGACUGCUGGAUCAACUAUAUUUCGUUCAGUGGUCUCCGCACCCAUGCUGAUCUGGAUGGGCGCCUGGUCACCGAGCUCAUCUAUGUGCACAGCAAGCUCAUGAUAGUGGAUGACUGCAUUGUCAUCAUUGGUUCGGCGAACGUCAAUGACAGGAGCAUGCUGGGUAAACGGGACAGCGAGCUGGCGGUGGUGGUGGAGGACACGGAGCGCCGGGCUUCCCGCAUGGACGGACAGGCCUACCAGGCCGGCCGUUUCGCCCUGUCUCUGCGCGUCGAGUGCUUCAGGCUCGUGCUGGGACUACCGGGGGACUGCAGCGCGGGCAUCCGCGAUCCCGUCAGUGACCGGUUCUACAAGGAGGUGUGGACGGCGACGGCAGCGAGGAACGCCAGUGUUUACGACAAGGUGUUCCGCUGCCUGCCCACGGACGCCGUGCGGAGCUACAAGACCCUGCGCGACUACACGUCCCGCUCCUGCAUGGCCACCGACGACCCCAUCCAAGCCUGCGCCGAGCUCAGGAAGGUGUGCGGCUUCCUGGUCCAGUUCCCUUUCCACUUCCUGUGUGAGGAAAACCUCUUCCCGUCGCUGAACUCCAAAGAGGGCAUCAUGCCCGUGGAGCUGUGGACGUAGCCCCGCCGGAAACGGAGUCGCUUACCCGUCUGUGGCCCUCAGAAAGGAGCGAUUACAUAAUGUACAAAGGGCUCUUUUAUAUGUGCUCGCCUAACACGAGUUUAACUGUCAAUGGAAGUUAAAUAGGGGGGAGAAAUCUGUUUAUUCAUUCGUCGUAAAGACAAAAGAUUAACAUGUGGGGAAUAGAAAUGUAAACUACCUCUAAGAGAGCGUGCCUGAGCACUUAAGUACUUCACACCUGUCAGUCGUUUUUUCCCUCAACCUUCUUUUCUGAUUAAUGAAUCCUGUACGAGAAAUCCCGCAAAUAAUCAACAUCCAGAGAAGAUUAAUUUCAAGAAAUAAAUGCACCAAAGUUACUGAAAAAAACUAACAUAGUGACCAUGAAUAAAUAUGUUUAUAAUAAA